GGCUCAACUCGAACGCCCUCAGAGACAAGUUGAUACAACAACAAAAGCUCCCACCAUCCACACCAUGGAACAACUCCUCCGAGCAGGAGAAGCCUCCAAGUCCAAGCAUUCACCAACCCACAGCUCCCCUUCCUCCUCCUCUCCUUCCUCAUCCUCUCCCUUCUUUCAGAGGUUGAAGCACCAUGACCAAGAAGAAGACCACGGCCAGAAUCAGAAGAAAUCAGUUCUCACCAAAGUGAAGGAGAAGGCCAAGAAAUUACGCCACAGCCUCAGCAAGAAGAAACACGAGGACGGGAACUCUCCUAGUCCCACAUCGGGUGCAGGCUUAGAAGGUGAUGGAGUAGAAGAAGAUGUUGCCGGUUACCUCGGAGCUCCGAUGUACGAAUCAGAGAAAGCACCUUUAGGAUACAAAGAAAAUCCAAAGCAGAAUCAUCCAAGAGGAAAUCCAGCAACCCCUGAGAAGCAUUUUAUAUCAAGCAAUGACAAACACGUAGUGGAACAAAAUCAAGAAAAAACACUUAGUCGUUCACUGUCAAAGAAAACACCACAACAUGCAGCAGCAGUAUCAACAACAACAACUAUUCCAACUACUAUUACUAGUGUUUCUGGUGCAAAUAAGGCCAAAAACAUAGCCGAGAAACUCACACCAGUUUAUGCUGAAGGGUCAGAAGCAGCCAACUCUGUAACCUCCAAAAUACAAGGCAUCACUGUAUCCAAACCCAAAGAGCGUCUCCAUCAUCAUUAUCAUCAUUAUAAUCACACUGCACCAUCAAAACUUUCACCUACAAGUACAACAAUUAACAAGGCUUCUUUGUCCCUUCCUGCUCCAAGUACUCCUCCUGCAAAGGGACCAGCCCAAACUUCUCCAAGAACAAUGAGAACUACAUCAGCUCCAGCGAUUCCAGCAUCUUCUUUAUCUCCUGCUGCACCGAGUGGGAAGACUCCAAGCCCCACUGCGCAAAUAUGGGAUAAGGGUGUUUCAGUGAAAGAGUACUUGAUGAACAAGUUGGAGCCAGGAGAAGAUGAGAAAGCUCUAUCUCAGGUGAUAUCUGAAGCAAUGAGUCCUAAGAGAACUCCUGGUGAUGCAGGUGUUAUGGAGAAGGUGAGAGAAGCUGUUACUUCCUUGCUUCGAAAUGAGGAACCAACAAAAUAUGAAGAUGCAACUCCUUCUAUUACCACGUCAUCUCAAAUCCUCCCAGCAUCUCCCAAUGCUACUAGUACUUCAACUCAAAUCCCAAUAUCUACCAACGCUCGAGAAGUGGUUCAGGAAGAAAACCAUGACAGAAUUCUUCAGGCAAAUUGACGUCCCCAUAAAACGUGCUUUAUAUAUUUUUUGUGAAGAUUUUUUGUUGGAGUAUAUGUAUCCAACAAGUAGAC